AUGAGUGGAGGAAACAGAUUUCCCUUCACUGCAUCUCAGUGGCAAGAGCUUGAGCAUCAAGCACUAAUCUACAAGUACAUGGUCUCAGGCAUCCCCAUCCCUCCUGAUCUCCUCUUCACCAUCAAAAGAGGUGGCUGCUUGGAGUCCUCUCUCUCUUCAAAGCUCUAUCCUCGCCAACCUCCUCCACAUUUUGCUUGGAGCUGUUUCCAGAUGGGUUUGGGGAGGAAAAUAGAUCCAGAACCAGGGAGGUGCAGGAGAACAGAUGGAAAGAAAUGGAGAUGCUCAAAAGAAGCAUACCCAGACUCUAAGUACUGUGAGAGACAUAUGCAUAGAGGGAAGAACCGUUCAAGAAAGCCUGUGGAAGUUGCAACACAAACACAAUCAACAACAGCACCAACUGUCUCAUCAAUCACCAGAAACCACUCUUAUAAUUCACUACUAACAACAUCCUCCCAUUCUCUUUCGUUAUUGUCACCUGAGACCCACCACCAGAAUCACCUUCACUACCCUGCUUCUGCAGGUUAUCAUGCCCAUCCAAACCAUCAAUUUUUGUCUUCUUCAAGACCCCCUGGGAUUGGUCUGUCCCCUCAAGAAAAUUCUACUCACUUGCUUUUGGACUCUGGUGGUUCUUCUCUGACCAAUACAGAUUACAGAAGAAACAGGAAUGUUUAUGGGCUGAAAGAGGAGGUUGAUGAGCAUGCUUUCUUCUCAGAAUCUUCAGAUUCUAUGAGAAGCUUGUCUGGUUCAUCUUUGGAUGAUGCUUGGCAACUCACCCCACUCACAAUGAACUCUUCUUCUACUACUACUACUAAUUCUUCAAAGCAGAGGAGCUUGUCUAGUUUACAUAACGAAUAUUCUUACUUACAGCUUCAAAGCUUUAGUGAUCACGAUACCCCAAAACAGCAAAAGCAGUAUCAACAUAACUAUCCUCUGGGAAGUACUGAUACAAGUAGUCUAGGACCCAUGAAAAUGGAGAAGGAAGAACCCCAAAAGACUGUUCAUCGUUUCUUUGACGAAUGGCCACCAAAGAAUAAAGAUUCAUGGCUUGAUUUGGAUGAAAAAUCAUCAAAUAGUACAUCAGUUUCAACAACCAGGCUCUCAAUAUCCAUUCCCUCAUCACAUGACUUUCUUCCAAUCUUUAAUUCAAGAACUACUAACGAUGGUUGA